GAGACCUAAGAAGCUGCUUCAUCCCCUGCACUCCAAGUGGUUGUAUGGAGCUUAUCAGACAGACAGGUGUGCCGGUAGUCGGUAAGAAUGCGGUGGUGGUGGGGCGCAGUAAGAUCGUGGGCGCACCCAUGCAUGACCUGCUGCUGUGGAACCAUGCGACCGUGACAACGUGUCACUCCCAAACGGCUGACCUUGCGACUGAGGUGAGCAGAGCUGACAUUCUCGUGGUGGCGGCUGGGAAGCCAGAGAUAGUGAAGGGGGAGUGGGUCAAGGUCGGGGCGUUGGUCAUCGACUGCGGCAUCAACCACAUUUCAGAUAACAGGAACAGUAGAGGCAAGCGCCUGCUUGGAGAUGUUCACCAACCCUCUGCUCUGCAGAGGGCAGCAUUCAUCACUCCUGUGCCUGGAGGAGUGGGCCCCAUGACUGUAGCCAUGCUCAUGCAGAACACAGUGCAGAGCGCCAAAUGCUUCCUGCAGGUGAACUAUCCAGGACAGGGGAGUUUAAAUCAUUCGAGGAUAAGCAGACAGACCCCAGUACCAAGGUAGAGUUGCUGGGAGUGCCUACUCUGAAUGCUCAUCCAGUUUUUAAUCAGCAUCAAGUGAGC